AUGGUUGACAAUGAUUUGAAAGAAAUCGAGGGAUUGAUUGAUGAAGAAGAAGAAGAACCGAUCGAUGAGUCGUGGCCGGCUAGACUUCAAAAGUGGGCUCGGGUGGUGGGGCCGCACGUUGGUCUCGUCAUCGUUGUGAUCAUCUAUGCGCUGCUUGGCGCCUGGUUUUUUUAUAGUUGGGAGUCGCCAAACGAGGAUCGACUAAAAGGCAUUGGAACAACGAAUAUUAAAGCUUUACGCUCAUUGCUAAUGGAUGCGAUGCACGAUCGAAAUGCUCUUUUAAAAACAAGUUGGCGUGAAGACAUCGAGCUAAAGUUGUCCACGUACAACGAUCAACUCUACAAAGCGUUUAAAGAGCAAUAUGUGAGAUAUCCGGAUGUUCGAGUGAAACAAAUGGGCGCAUCGGAGUCAUCGGAGGAAAUGAGUGCUGAGGAGAGCUCACGAUCCAGAAGGCACAGACAAGGCAAAUCACGAUCCCGACAGAACAAAAUGUGGACGCCGGCAAGUGCGAUUUUCUUCGCCGCUACAACAAUGGCCACUAUUGGUUACGGUAACAUCGUGCCAGUGACGCCAACUGGUCGAAUUGGUUGUGUAAUAUUUGCACUCAUCGGCGCUCCACUCGCCAUCAUCACCAUUGGAGAUUUGGGGAAAUUUCUUUCAGAAUGCACGAUUUGGCUUUACAAACGGAUGAAACGCGGUUGGGCAUGGUCUCGGCAAAUGUUGAAACGAGUGAGAGCAAAUGGAAAAGACGAAUUGGAACCGUUUCUGCCAAAACGGUGGCGCAGAGAUAGAAAUGAAGGAGAAGUCAUUGAGGAUGACGAUCUUCAAUCUAAGGGUUCAUCGAAGAGCACGCUCAAUUGGGACACUUUUGUCAUUGACAAAACCGAAGUGCCCGUCAUUCUCGUUUUUGCCAUUUUGCUCCUUUACAUAGCGUUUGGCGGGUUGUUGUUCACAUUUCUCGAAGACUGGUCGUAUAUGGACGCCUUUUAUUAUUCUUUUAUCUCUCUUACUACAAUCGGGUUCGGUGAUAUUGUGCCGGAGAAUCACGACUACAUUGUCAUCAUGUUAUUAUAUCUGGGUGUCGGCUUAGCUGUCACAACAAUGUGCAUCGAUUUGGUCGGCAUUCAGUACAUCCAGAAGAUUCACUAUUUCGGGCGUAAAUUCAAAGGCACCGACUUGCUGCAAUUGCUCAAACGGAAACGGGCUAUCGAACGACAUUUAAUGCGAAGUGGAGCCACUAACGAACAAGUGAUGGAGGUGAUGAAACACGUGCUCGAUCACAUCCACGAAUCCGAACCACCGCCAAUUCUGCUCACCGAUCGCUACGAGAAAGUCUCACUCAUGCAACACACGCCCACACCGAGCACACCAUCAGCUGUCUGGGUCGAAGACGAGAUGGUCUACCAGGCGCCGCUUCGAACCGAUCUGCCGAACGCGGAGCACGUUCCCUCGCCAACCAUCAUGUCAAUACGAAGUUGGCGUCCCCCGUCUCGGUACAGCAAUUCGUCGGCAAGCGCACGAUCACUUAUGUUUCACCGAAUGAGAUCCCGAGGCGAUUCAUGGGAUGAGUCGGGACCAUCACUUUCUGAACAUUGCUCUUUGUCCACUGAGCCAAGUGUUCAUUUGAGAGUGAACUAUUGGGACGAGUACCGAUCCCCGGAGCCGUCUGUGGACUCGUUCAAGUUCGAGUUCCCGCUGCCCAGCCCUGACUACGAGAAAAUCGCGCUCUCCGCGAAACGCUCUCGUCGCAUCCGUUCGUGUCCCGGCUCCUAUGCGAUCCCCUCUCCUCCAUCUUCAGCUCAUUCAACCGCCUCCACGAGUUCCUCUCUAUCACCUGAUCCUCUGCAAUUCCCACCGCCAAACUCUUUCUCCAUCUCUGAACCGUUCAUGCUCGCCAAGCUUGCCGCACAGUGUGAUCUGUUGGAAAGAUGGGAAAGCGAUCAACUGAAUUUCCAAUCACCGCGACAACCGAUGACAAAUAUUAGAGAUGAAGAGGAUGAAGAAGAGAAGGACGACGAUUCAUCUUUUCGUCUACUUUCCCCACCGCAAGUUUGUUCUCCUGUCGAAGUUCAUCAAAUCGACGAAGAAAUCCCCCGUCUUCCCCUUCAUUUAAUGUCCCCACCAUCAUCGGAAAGACUUCGAAGAACCCUUUUCCCGAUCCCCGAAUCGAGACGUUCCUCCAUUGUGCAAGGGCCAGCCCCAGUGGAACCUUUGCUAAAGAAAAAGAAACGAGCUCGUUUACUGAAGAAAUUGGAUCCACUAAACUCGAUGGGAUGGCUGAAUAUCUCACCAAGAAAUCGACAAUUGCUUGAUGCUGUGAAAACCGAUCUACCCACUCUGUUCGACGCUGUCCGAAGGGAAUCUUCCGCUUCGGCUGCAUCGUCCGUUGUGCUAGUGAGCCCGCAAAAUCCGAUUGGGUUGGCCUGUAUGGAAGAAUGGGAUUCAUACAUCCGAAUGUUAGACGAAAGCAGUCGACCCUUCACGCGAAAAGUCGAUGGGAACACGAUAAUCGAAAAACGUCUCUUUCAACUUUUUCAACAACAAAAAGAACUGAAAUCGGAAAUAAUCAACGAAAUUGUUCAAAUCGAUCCACCGGAAACAUCAAAAAUUCGCAUGAAAAUCGAGAAAUCGAAUCUAAAAUCACCGCCAAAAGUCAAAAUCACAUUAGAAUGUGAAGAGGUUCAACUCAUGCAUCCCAAUUUCUCAAUUGCGAAACCCGAAAAGCUACCCGAUGCAGAGUUUACAUAUAAUGAGGUCAGAGUGAUCAGUCCUGAGAAAAUUCUGGAGUUGGAGACUUUGGAAGAAGAGGAAGAAGAAGAGGAAGAAGAGGAAGAAGAGGAAGAAGAGGAAGAAGAAGAAGAAGAGGAUGAAGAAGAAGAAGAGGAUGAGCGUGAGAAUAGCCUCCAUGGGGUAAAUGAGGUGAGAGAGGCGAUGUGCGAUGUGGAGCUGUCGACACCCGAUGAUCCCACGCCUAGAUCGCUUGUCGGUUCCCCGAUCAUCCUCAGUCCCGAGCUUGCCCAAAGCACGAGCUACGAGGAAACCCGUUUGGAGACACCGCCACCAAUAGAACCGAUUCCGAAGCUAUUCACGGUUUCAACAAUUCCCGAAGAGGAUGAAGAUGAAGAAGAACAAGAACAAGAGGAGUUACGAGAGGAAAUGAGGAGUAGAGCUGAAUCCUCGUCAUCUUCCGAAGGCCCACCCCAAUUCGAUAUCGAUUUGGGCGCUUUUGAACUGGUUGACACGGGAUUGACAGCCGAAACGAUCCUGUCCAACGAGGAUCCCGUCAUAUUUCAUAAGGAUAUGCCUGUGCAUUCAGUGCAUCACGAUACGGUGCAAACAGAGGCAGCUCUCGAGAAUCUCAUGGCGGCGCCCGAGCGAAUGCUCAGCAAUGUAAUCCCGCCAACAAUGGUCGAUGACAAUUAUUGUUUUGUUGUUGAUGGGGAUAAGAUUCGUAUGGGUGACAUUAUGGGCGAUGACCAAUGGUGGAGACACACUUCUAGACCAACAAAAUAUUUCUACUCGGACGAUUUGAAGAAAUUUCAUCGAGUCAACUGUAUCACAGCAAAGGGAAAGGUAAUCUCAGCCGUUCUUGCUUCGGGUAGCAUGUCUUUGGAUCGAGCAAUUCAAAGUCCAUCCAUUUCAUCGACUCCCCGCUCGUCAAUGAGCGGCGCCAGCUCACGCACAACCGGACACUCGCGAGCUGAUCAGGUGGCUACUGAACACGUUUACAAAGUGAUUCGGUUUUACUCCUUUUGGAAAACUUGUACAUCUUUUCAUCGAAUAGUCACAAUGAUUGAUAAGGUGCAAGCUGAAGGCGCUUCGCAUCCCGAGUUCAAGAAGCGACUCUUUGUGCAAUAUUUGUGGCGAAAUGCGAAAGCCGUUGAUAAGGCGAGAGUUCAACGAGAAUUCGACCCACGAAGGCAACGAUUACUUCGUUUUGUCACCGAUCCACAACAAAAGAGACAAAUAAUCAAUCACCGUGUUGAAGAGAUCACUGAUUCGUCGACGUCCGAGCUGCCGACAAGAACAAAUUCAAUGUCAACAAUUGAAGAGGAAGAAGAACUCGUUUUUCAUAUAAAUGGAGACAAUCUUGAACCGAUCCCCGUUUUCACGAAAGAUCAACCGCCAAUGGAUGGAGCGGCUACAUUAGAGAACACGCUCACUUGUCCGGUUAAAUAUUUGUGCAAGAUCAAUCCGACAAUGGUUGUUGACAAUUUUUGUUUCAUUCUUGAUGGAGAUGCUGUGCCGGUAGAGCCGAUUGUCGCCGAUCACACAUUCUGGAAGCAAACCAGCUCGUCUUCACGCUUUUUUUUCUCCGAGACACUGCGCACUUAUCAUCAGGUGACCCUUCUUUCAUGGAAAGGCUCAGCAAAAGGAGCGUAUCGACGAAAGAAAAUUAAAGGCGGUGGUUUGAUGAGAGUCGAUUUGGAGAGAGUAUUCAAAGUGACCAGACACUUCAGCUAUUGGCGUAGUUGCAAGGGUUUUCAUCGAAUCAUCAGCGUUGUUGUGCCGUUGAAUAAAGAAGGCGAACAAUGGUGCGGCUUUCAAUCACGCGUUUUUGUGCAAUACUUUUGGAGGAGUGAUAAGAAAAGUGAUAAGGAUCGAGUGCUGAAAGAGUACCUUUCACAUUAUGGUCGACGGGAAACGGGAAUUGGAGGAUCGAUGAGUCCGAAUGGGAUCACGAGUGCAGAGAAUAGUGCUGGUCCAUCCGUCAAUCAAUCCGCUCGCAAUUCGGUCCAAUUACCCCGACCCAGCAACUUCACGUCAAUGUCAAAACGAUCAACAAUUGUCCGUCCCACUUUCCAUCCAGAAACCCCAGCGGAUUUGUCGAAAAAACGAAAAACUUUAGCUCAUCUU